CUUGUUGCACUUGCAGUAAACAGUUACUCAGUAUUCAGCAGUGUCAGAGCUCUGUUGUUUGGCUUAGAAGAGAAGAAACUAGCUCUAGCUAGUACUCAGUAGUUUAUAGUUGUUACCACUGUAAAAGCGUAAGGUACACACACUUCACUUAGUAAGUUUUAAAACGCUUUCUUUCGAAUUCAACAUGAGCAUGGCUAUGUCACCAGAUCGCAUGAGCUCGUCUGUUCGCGGACAGAUUCAGGUGAUUAUUGGACCGAUGUUUUCUGGAAAAACGACGGAGCUGAUAAGACGGAUCCGCCGGUUUGAAGUUGCACAGCAUAAAGCACUGCUAAUAAAGUACGAUCAAGAUAACCGCUAUGACAAUGAGUGCGUGGCAACUCAUGACAGACACCUUGCUUCGAACACGAAAACGACUAAGAGUUCCACUCUUCUUCCUCUCAUGAAGCAGGCUAUCAAGUUUAAUGUGGUCGGCAUAGAUGAAGGGCAGUUUUUCCCAGACAUUGUGGAGUUCUGCGAGACAUUGGCGCGCCAUGGCAAGACCGUUAUAGUUGCUGCUUUGGAUGGAACUUUCCAACGCCAGGCAUUUGGUGAUGUCCUUAACCUUAUACCACUUGCUGAGAGUGUUGUCAAGCUCAAGGCUGUCUGCAUGCACUGCUGCCAAGAUGCAUCCUUUACUCGCCGCCUGGGACAAGAAACGGAAGUGGAAGUUAUUGGCGGUGCGGACAAGUAUGUGGCUGUCUGUCGAAAGUGUUUUCACCUGCCCACGCUUCAUCCGGAUAUGUUAACGCCAACCAGAGACUUUCCUCAGGAGUCGCGUGUGUCCCGACAAUUGGUUUUCACCACUUGAACUCUCGUCUUUCUUAGGCUCUUAGUUUAUAUUGUUAGCCAUGUUGAAAAAGCUAGUUUUUCUUUUGUUUAGAAUUGUUGUAGAUAUCUAGGUCAUCGCUGCUUUCCUCUUCUUCUCUUUAAAUUCUCUUUCUUCCUAGGUUUGUGAUGUUCUUGAUCUUCCUUCCCAUUCGCUAGUUCCCUCCCGAAAACGAAAUAGACCCGCUUCAUCAGUGAGCUAAUGUUUGACUCUAAAAAUGGAAUUGUCUGAAUAUGUGUGGCUUGUGCAGCACUGUAAGGAUUUUUUUUAAUUGACUGUUUCUUUAGACUAGCUACGCCGCUAUUGGUAUGCUAUUGGUAUUGUAAGCAACACCGGUAUGCUGGGCUGCACUAGAAACAGAUUCACUCCAUUUGCUUUUUCAUAAUGUUUGCCUGUUAUGGAAUUUACCUUUUUUAUUUUAAAUACAUUAUGUCCACUGAAAACAAUUAUUAUUGUUUCUACCGCAAUCAAUAAAACUAGCUGAACCGA